AUGAAACGAGGAAAGCAUGAACUACACAUCACUGUCAAUGGGGACGCAGUACGAGGCAGUCCAUUCCCAAUAGCUGUAGCCCCAUCACCACAGAGCUUCAUCAAGCCUUCCCGAGUUGUACGAGGUGUGAACAGCCCACGAGACACUGUCUUCAACAGUAAGGGACAGUUGAUUGUUGUUGAAGGAGCUACUGUCUCUGUAUUGACACCAGAGGGUGAAAAGAUACGAACGUUUGGUCAGCUGAAUGAUGGUAUUGGAGUGACUGUGGACAAAGACAACAACAUGUAUGUGAUGGAGUAUGGCAAUCAUCGUGUGAAUAAGUUCUCAUCUGACGGAGAGUUUGUGGCAGCUGUUGGUAGUCUAGGCAAUGGUAACCUUCAGUUUACUAACCCUGUUGGUAUAUGUUAUAACAGAAGAGACAACAACCUGUAUGUGGUUGAUCAGAGUAAGCACAGAAUAAAAGUGCUCUCUACUGAACUGAAGUUUGUACGGUGUUUCGGUACACGUGGCAAUGGGAACGGACAAUUACAAAGCCCAUUUCAUGCAUCAUUUGAUAGCGCUAACAACCUCUAUGUGACUGAUCAUCUUAACAAUCGAGUACAAGUCUUCACUGCUGAAGGUCAAUUCCUGAGAACCUUCUCACAAAAAGCCGACGGUCAGAAGCUAAGUCGUCCCUGGGCCAUAGCCAUCGACAGCAGUGACACAGUGUACGUCAGUGAGAAUGGACCGCAUCAUGUGAGUGUGUUCACAUCUCAGGGAGCCUACAUCACCACGUUUGGUGGGACGGAAAAGGGACAGUUUAAUAGCAUUUACGGACUCUCUAUUGAUCGCAAUGACUCUGUUGUUGUAUCCGAUCAAGGCAACGGGCGACUGCAGAUAUUCUAACGAAAUAAGUAGAAAAGUGGACAAAGUAGUAUGUAGCUCUGUGUAGAAAUAGUUGGUAGCGUUAUUAGAAUGUGAAAUGAAACUAUUAUCUGUUGUG